UAUUUUUAUUAAAUUUUUUUGACUUUUUCUUUCCUCACAAUUUGGUUGUAGACUUUGCUAAUUUAUUCAAUUUAGCGGGAAAACAAUAACUAGACUUUCGAGUUUGUCAUUUAUUUUUUGACAACGAGUCGUUAUAUUUCUCAAAAGGGGUUUUGCACUAUGAGAAAUUGCAGAUAUUCUCAUUUGAAAAAGAAAGAAAAAAAAUUUUGGCCGAAAAUAAACAAACGUUGCGUCGAUGUCACUUGACAACAUUAUAAAGUCAUAGGUUUGUGAAAAUGUUUUGCAAUUAUUUUGGUAUAUCGGGCGGCAGAAUAGAAAAAAAAAUAGGUUGGUCUGUUGAGAGCCCAAUGAAAAGCCCAUGGGCUUAUCCCUCGGAAAGACAGACCACUUCCUUGCUUACUUGUAUUGUGGCGGCUAGGCCUAUUCAACCGUAAAAUUUAUCAGACUUGUCGGUAAUCUGUCUAUUUUUCAAUGAGAAAAAAAGCUCAAAAUAUGGUUAUGUUAUGGGCUAGGAUUAAGAUUAGAUGGUGUUGGUGAAUUUCAAAACUUAUGAAUUAUUUCAUUACUCUCCUCUGGGUAUCGAGUAUCGACACUUGCCGGUUUGCUUGGGAUACUACCGCAUCGGUUUGAUUGAGAUACUGUCUGAGUAUCCUCUUAUUAAAGUCGAGAAAUUUAUAUGGUAGUUCGUGGAUUUGAAAUUGGAAGGAUCCCAACGAUACGAACACCGGAAAGUGCGUCUUCAAUGGAGAGAUAAAAAUGAAAAGGUUUCUGCUUUUUGUUCAGUUGUGUUUUGCUUCCUUCUUUUAGUUUGAACCAAAUUAGUACUGCCGGUCUCACUGUCACUAGCCGAGCACGAGCUAGCUGGCUGACCAGCAGAAUGGUUGCGAGUUGACAAAGGCAUUACCCGUUGUUGCCCUUAUAACAGAAACAGAACAUCGAUGGGAUUGGGAGGUCAAAGCUCAAUGAUUUUUACAUGUUGUUGGAAUUCAUCUCACAAGACUGCUGCUCUCGAAGCUCCAUAUGUUGAAAACGAAGAGAUUGAUACUGAGGUAACAGAUGUGCCGUCUUUCCGUGAAUACACACUAGAAGAGCUUAAGAUCGCCACCUCUAGUUUCGCUUUGGAGAAUGUUGUAUCUGAACAUGGAGAAACAGCUCCGAAUGUUGUCUAUCAAGGGAAACUGGUGACUCAUAAGAAGAUUGCUAUCAAGCGCUUUUCUGGAACUUCCUGGCCUGAUCCACGCCAAUUCCUGGAAGAAGCUUUAUCGGUUGGUCAGCUACGCAGCAAAAGAAUGGCCAAUUUACUCGGCUAUUGUUGUGAAGGCGGUGAGAGGUUACUUGUGGCUGAGUUUAUGCCUAAUGAGACACUAGUCAAACACCUUUUCCACUGGGAAACACAGCCAAUGAAAUGGACGAUGCGACUAAGGGUUGUCUUAUACAUUUCAGAAGCUCUUGAAUACUGUAGUAACAAAAGACACACGCUAUAUCAUGAUUUCAAUGCUUACAGAGUUUUGUUUGACGUGGAAUGCAAUCCAAGACUUUCAACCUUUGGGUUAAUGAAGAAUCGUCGGGAUGGGAAAAGUUAUACCACAAAUCUUGCUUUCACCCCUCCUGAGUAUCUACGAACUGGGAGAAUCACAGCAGAGAGUGUAAUCUACAGCUUUGGCACUCUUCUGCUUGAUCUUCUCACCGGAAAGCAUAUUCCUCCUAGCCAUGCCCUUGAUUUGAUUCGAGACGGAGACCUUCAGACUCUAACUGAUUCCUGCUUGGAGGGACAAAUUUCCGACAGUGAUGGCAUGGAGUUAGUACGCCUGGCAUCUCGCUGUCUUCAGCAUGAAACUCGUGAGCGGCCAAACAUAAAAUCGUUGGUCGCUGCGCUGAAAUCUCUCCAGAAAGACACAGAGGUUCCGUCUUAUGUUCUAAUGGGUAUGCCUCAAAGUGGCACUUUUGCGUUACCUCUGUCCCCUUUUGCUGAGGCUUGUUCGAGACAAGACCUGACUGCUAUGCUCGAGUUCUUGGAUAAAAUUGGAUACAAAGACGAUGAAGAUCUUUCGUUUCUGUUGACGGAGCAGAUGCAAGAGGCUAUAAACUCGAAGAAAAAAGGCGACAUUGCAUUCAGAAGGAAAGACUUUAGCGAAGCCAUUGAGUUUUACACGCAGUUUCUUGAUUUGGGAAUGAGCUCUGCAACAGUCUUUGUGCGGCGCAGUCUAAGUUACCUGAUGAGUAACAUGGCGAAAGAAGCUUUAGAUGAUGCAAUGAAGGCUCAAGGCAUUUCUCCUGUGUGGUACGUUGCAUUGUAUCUGCAGUCUGUUGCUCUUGCUGUUCUGGGGAUGGAGAAGGAAUCUCAGAUCGCACUUACUGAAGGAUCCAACCUUGAAGCCAAAAAGAUUUCAGCUUCCACACAGAACUAAAGACAUUGGGUUUUGUAAAAGAUGAAGAAGCUAUCAUUCAAUGAAGGGAAACAAUCGAAAGGUAAUUUGUUGUCUCAUUUGAAGCUAAGAAGGUUUAGGUGUUGGUUAAGCAUUAUACUAUUUCAAACCUUCAUCAAGGCAGAAGCUAAUCCAUUGUUUUCAGUUGAUACAUAAGAGACCUUGGGAUGUAUGGACACCAAGAGAAUAUUAUACAAACUCCAUUAACAAA